GGAUCACGAAUAUAAAUGUUACGGGUGUGCACACACACACACGCACACACCAGCAGGUGUCAAACUCCGAGACGAGGACGGUGUACAGUGAGUAGCAAAAUAACAGUGAAAUGUCUCGUCAAGGCCUUCGACCAGCCGAUCCAAAGAAAGUGAGUGGAGAGCUGUUCACAUUGACCUAUGGAUCACUUGUAGCACAGCUGUUGAAGGAUUACGAAAAUGUUGAUGAUGUGAAUCGUCAGCUGGAAAGAAUGGGUUACAAUAUUGGCAUGAGACUCAUUGAAGACUUUCUUGCCCGAGCUAACCCAGGCAGAUGCUAUGACCUCCGGGACACAGCAGAUAAAAUACAGCAAGCUUUCAAGCUUUACCUUGGAGUAUCACCAAGCAUUGGAAGCUGGAAUCCUGGUGGUGAUGAAUUUUCUGUUGUGUUAGAAACCAACCCCUUAGCAGAAUUUGUAGAGUUGCCAGACCACUGCCUUGGCCUCAGGUACUCCAACAUCCUGGCUGGAAUAAUCCGAGGAGCCUGUGAAAUGGUACAAAUGGAGGUGAUGGCUUGGUUCAUCGCAGACCAGCUAAAAGGAGACAAUGUGACAGAGAUCCGCAUCAAGUUUGUGAAAAGAUUAGAGGAUGCCAUUCCAGCAGGUGAAGAUUGAGUUUAAUACAUUUGCUCAAUAAAAUUUGAUAUACUUCAUUUCAUUUGCUAUAGGAACGUAGUUGUUAUGAACAUUUGUCUAAGUAGUGGUAUCAUGAAAUGUAGUGAAUUUUUUCAUAUCCAUAAAUGAUAGAUUGGUUUAUUCAGAAGAGAUACACAAAGGUCAAAAACAUUUGGGGAUGCAAUGAUUGGAGAUAGUUGUAGAAUACUGUCAUUCUGUGUGAAAAAUUCCAUGGAAUAUCAUAUAACUAUUUUGGGCAACUUUUCUCCUUAAGGGAUUUCUCUCUCUCUCUCUCUCUCUCUCUCUCUCUCUCUCUCUCUCUCUCUCUCUCUCUCUCUCUCUCUCUCUCUCUCUCUCUCUCUCUCUCUCUCUCUCUCUCUCUCUCUCUCUCUCCUUUUCUUUUUCAUACAUUGUAUAAGUAUUAUUGAACUGAUCUGCAGGAAAUAUACUCUACUCAGAGUACAAGCAAUAUCUGGUGUUGAGACUGUAAUUGUUAGAAAUCAUAAUAAGAGGAUUUUUCAUGUGUUUGGUUUUAGUCACAUAAGUUUGCAUAGUGCUGUAAAAUUUUGUAAUCUUUUGCUCUGAUGCCCUUGAUGUUUGGUCAUCAUCCUUGAAAUCUGUGGAAGAAACACUAAAAAGUGUUAAGAAACAUAAUUCAAGAUAACAUUGGAUCACCUAAUUAUCAGAUUUCCAAGAGAAAUAAUAAAUUUCUUAUAAUUUUUUCCUAUUCCUGUUAUGUAGGAUGUAUUGUACAUCAUACCAUGUUACUGUUAUAUGUAAAAAUAAAAAAAAAGUACUACUAACUUUA